CUAUAUGAAACGCAGUGGAACAAUCGAUUUAUUUCAUAGUUUUAAUUACUUUGUGGCUAUAUCGGUGUACGUAGAAUUGUACUGUAAAAUAAGAUUUAUUUAAAUGAAAAGAGUUGCUACUUUGGUCUGGACAUAGAAUUUAGAGGUCUGAAUUCAUAAUAAACGAAACAUAUCAGUUACUGAAUAGUAUAUAAUAGGAUAACAAAAUGGUGAAAAGGAAACGCCCCAACACUCCACUUGGAGAUGGAGACAGUGCACCAAGCAGUGUGGGUGGCUCUGGGGUACCAAGCCCUGUUUCAGUUGCAGCAGCCGAUGUAACCAUGGAAGAAGUGAAAGAGGAGAAGAAACCUAUUUUCAAAGAUCCAGACUUUCAGCAUAGCAGCAAAACAAGCAACAAGAAAAGGGCGUGGCGGUCUUUGAAGCAGAUUGUCACUCAAGAGAGGGCAUUGCAAUGGGGAGAGGAUUUUGUGCACUAUAGCACCAUUGACGCUCCACCAUCUUUUAAACCUUCCAAGAAGUAUUCGGACAUUUCCGGACUGUUGGCAAAGUACACAGACCCACAGACAAAACUGUACUAUGCACUGGCUGAGGAAUUCUCCACAAUCCGAAGUUUGCCAAUGGAUAUCGCAGCUGGUUACCUAGCUCUGCGCAGGGCUAACAACCCCAUGGGGUGACUGUGACUUGUCUUCUGGUCAUCCUGUUGUUGUAAAGUAUCUGUACCACAGAGCAUUUGUGUUCAAGCUGUUGUUCCUUGGUUGUGAUAUUUUGUCGCCACUUUGUCUCUACCUUUAUAACCACAUUGAGGUGAAGUAAGGACUCCCUCAUAUCAUGUCCAUUUGUAGUAGAAGAGAUAGGAAGUGCAGUAAAUGUAUUUUACCAAUGGCUAAAUUCUGUAAAUUGGCUCAUUGACCUGUGAUUAUGUUUGCUUUAUUUCUGCAUGAGAAGGGCUGUUUACGCUUUCGUCUCUGAAACUGCUACACAUAUAUCAGUGGGUCUCAUAUACAAAAUGCCUGAUAGAUUUAAUUUUCAUUACAAUAGGUUCACUGUAACCUGUACUUUAUACGGUGCUGAAAUCAAACGCAUUUCUCAAGAAAAAGGCCCAUCUCAACAGAUACUGGUAAAGUAAAGCUGUCAUGCUACGUACCAUGGUGGCACUCAGGGGAAGAGAGCUACUUAUUCUUGACCUUGGCACUGCAUGGGGAUGAGUGGUCAGCGUCAUGCCCCAGCCACAUUUUUACCCCUGGAAAAGGAUCCCCAGUACUCAUUGGAUAAGAGGCUGAGUGGGCGUCAGAACCGGUCUGGAUGCAGAGGCUAGAAGAAAAAUUCCUUGUCUCAUCUGGGGACUGAACCCUGUUCAUUAAGUCCAUAGAAACUACUAACAGAGCUGGAUCUCAAGAGAUUGGUACAUGGUACAAAAUGCACGUCAAGAAUUUCAGACUUGAUAGUUUUAUUGUCAGGAAAACCUUGCAGAUCAUCUUAAUCUACAUCUGGAAGAAGUUUCGUCUAUGAUCGAACCAGUGUGACUGGAUUCUUCGAAGACCAUGCCCAAAGUACACAGUAUACAGCAUCCAAGUCAUUUUAUUUCUAUAAUGCUAUUAUACUAUAAUAUUCAUUGGCAAGAAUUCUAAGUAGGUCAGCCUGGCAGUAACUUUUUCUUGAAAUCGAGUUAUUGGUGGAAAUCCAUUUUAUGAAGUUUUGCAGAAAUCAUGAUGAGCCAGUAUUUUUUGUAGUCUGCGUUGUUUUUUUAAAUCCAGGGAUUCUUGACUGAGAAUAGAAAUGAUGUUAAGCUCAUGCUGUAUGAAAUUUGGGGUCCAAGUCCUAAUGGCAUUACAACCCAGAACACCAACACUGACUUAUGCUAAACUGGCAGACCUGGCAAGCAAGACAACCACUUUUGGAUAUUUUGUUCUAAAGUUUUAUAUGAAAACAAGCAUUUGUAAAAAUGCAUUUCUUGAUCAGUGUAAGCCUAGCAGAACUGUCUCAAGAGGUCAACCUGCCUCUUCAAAUGUACAAAUUAUAUCUCCAGGGAGAUGUUCUUAACUUUAAAAAAUGGGAAUACAUAAAGAAGCUAAAAAGAAGGUAUUUCUAUUGAUUUCUUAACAUUUUACAGGGAUUCUUCAAUGGUUGACUCAAGUAAUUGGCCUGAAGCAGAGGUAGAAAAUAAAUUAUAGAUGGUUCCAAUUGUCCCUUCUCCAUUUUUUUUAUUUAUACUUAUUACAUAAAUUCUUAUGCCUAUUUUAAAGUUGAAUCUCUUAUAUUAUGUACACAUCCUUCUUACUUUCUUACGUGCUUAAUGUUCUGCACUGUGUAAAGAGUUGCUAUAUUAAUAUAUUAUUCUAAUGUAAAUUAUGUGUAUAAUGAAGUUAUAUAUUACUAAAAUAUAAAAUUAAUUUUUCUCAAAGAACAGUGGCAUAAUUAGUAAAUAUUAAGUAACAAUAAUAGCAUAUUCAGUAAAUCUGUGAGUACAGAAACAAUGUAAGUUACAUUCUGAGAAAGUUUCUUAUGAUAGAUGAAACAUGACUAGCACUCCCAGUACUUUGUAAAAUGGUUAUUUUAUAUUAGUAUAAUCAGAACACAACAAGAAGCAAUUAAAAAUAAUUCUUCUUUUGUCUUCUGAAAACGUUUUUGCUUCCUGAAUUAUUUUUGAAGUCAAUGAUUCAGUUGAAGACUGUGCACUAUGAGAAGCUGUCAAGGCAAAUGUGAUGUGCAAAAUCACAGUUACAUUUGGAACAUGCUCCACUUUCCACACUUGUUUCGUCAUUCAAAUAUAAUGUAGCCAAUGACUUUGAGGAAACUGUACAAUUGUCAAGGACAGUUAGCUUUUUAUGCAUCUUUCAAAUGAGAUGCUACCAUAUACACAAGGACUUUUACUGUAACAGUUUGAGCCGUGACACUGGCUCAAAGUGACUCCAUCAUUUAUAAUAUCAAGUUUUCAAUGUAAAUAAAUUCACAGUAUUUUGUGUAACUAUGUAGUUGUAUUAAGAAAUUAAAUACAAGGUGAAUAAUUGAA